CUCUGCUGACGACUUUCGUUCGGUUGCCGUUCAAAUGAAAAAGGCAACCUCCGAACUGGAGAAAGCGAAACAAACCAAGGAGAGAGCCCUUCGCAAUCGCAACAAACGAAAAUACAAACGCAACAAAAAGGGCUCCAAGCAACUGAGAAAAACUUUCGAUCAUAGUUUCGUGCACGGGAAAAACUAUGAACAGCAGCAGCAGCAGCCGCGGUCAUCGUCGUCUCCACGGGUGCCACCAGCGACUGCGACCGCGAUGUACGACGGCCAUUCGUCGACGGUUCCUAGCUUCGUUCGGGUGAGACAUGCACAGAAUGUCUGGAUUAAAACGUACCAGAAUGUCGUGAAGUGGCAAUACCAGCAUCAGCUGAACUACUGGAAGAAUUGCACGGUGCGGCUGCGAGCAGAAAACGCACGCCUUAGGCGACGCCUCGCCGUGCAGGACUCGGAGGACGAAGAGGAAGAAGCACAACAGCGGCAAAGGCAAGCAGCAGCAGCCGAGAAAGACACAGCCGAGGCUCUGCUGGAUGAAGAGUUUAUCGCGUUUAUGGAAGUGUCCGCCAGGCAUCGGCUAGAGCGGAGUCGACUAAAAAACGAAAGUGUUCAUUAAUUAGAUUUAUGAAUAAAUUAAGAGCGGAUUAAAUUUUUUGAAGUACGUA